AAUUUUGGUCCCCAAUGCCCAUUUCAAUCCCAAAAGAUUUCAACUUCCGCAAUCUUUUUGCCGCCUCCACCAUUAAAACGCUCUCCAAUCUACUCUGCAACUCUCAUUAACACCUCAACUACUGUAGUACCCAAAAACCAUAACCCUCCCACCAAACCAAACCCAACACCAUCAUGCUUGACUCUGAAAAAACCCCCAAACUUCUCAGUCUCCUCAUUGUCUUCAUCACCCAAUUGCAAGACUUGAGAAGAUCAACACUCUCUGUUCUUCUAAGCCUACCCAGUUCUCUUCUUGCUCUGUUUCUCAUUCUCCUUUUGGUCUACAACAGCUUCUAUGUCUUCUGUAUUACUCUCCCUUUUCCCGCCAAACCCCCGCCGGAACCCGCCAAUUUCUCGCCGCCAAGUCUCGCCGCAAAACCCUUCCCAAAAUGGGCCCCUCCAUUUCGCUCUUCUUCUUCAUCAAAGCUUCAGUCUUCUUCUGUUAUGUAUGUGGUGAAAGAAGAAAACGCACCCAUGUUCUUGAAGAACACAACCCAUUUGGCCUCUCUGCAAAACCCAACAAACUCAAUGAUACCCAUAUUGAAAUCUAAGUUUCAGAGGUCAAGAAGGUUCAGAAAACACAAGCGCAAGCUCAAAGCCAUACCCAUUGAGGCGAAGUUUCCUCUGUCUCAGAGUCAAUUCCCAACAAGAAUGAGAGAGUUUUUUAGUGGAAACUCUUCUGGUUCUUCUUGCAAAAUCAGGUUUUUCAUGACUUGGAUUUCAUCCAAGACUCUUGGAAAUAGGGAAUUGUUAGCUGUGGAGAGUGUGUUCAAAUCCCACCCAAAUGCUUGUUUGGUCAUAGUCUCAAAUUCUCUGGAUUCCUACAAGGGACUUGAAAUCCUGAAGCCGUUUUCGGAUUUGGGCUUUCGAGUAAUGGCAAUUGCUCCUGAUUUUGAUUACUUGUUCCACAAUACUCCUGCUGAGGCUUGGUUUUUUGGGUUGAGAAAAGGCAAUGUGAGACCUGGCGGAGUCUCAAUUGGUCAGAACCUCUCCAAUGUGCUUAGGCUUGCUUUGUUGUACAAGUUUGGUGGGAUUUACUUGGACACAGAUGUUAUAGUGUUAAGGAGUUUGUCAAAGAUGAAAAAUGUGAUUGGGGCUCAGACAAUUGACCUCAAAACCGGUAAUUGGAGCCGAUUGAACAAUGCUGUGUUGGUGUUCGACAAGAAUCAUCCAUUACUCUUCAAGUUCAUUCAGGAAUUUGCUCUGACUUUUGAUGGUAACAAAUGGGGUCACAAUGGACCUUACUUGGUCUCAAGAGUGGUUUCAAGGAUCAGUGAAAAACCAAACCCUGGUUUUAACUUUACUGUGGUAACUCCCUCGGCAUUUUAUCCGGUGAAUUGGAGCCGUAUUCGGAGUAUUUUUUGUGGUCCGAAAGAUGAGGUUUACUCGAAAUGGCUGCUUACAAAGCUGAAGCAUAUUAGAUCUCAUAGCUUUGCAUUGCACUUGUGGAAUAGUCAGAGUAGAAGACUGAAGGUUCAGAAGGGAAGCAUUAUUGAUCAUAUAAUGUCAGAUUUUACCAUCUGUUACAAUUCUUCUUCUGCAACUUCAAGCUUGUCAUUAUAGAAGAAGGUUCAUACUUGUGUAGGUCACCUGUCUUAUGUAAUGUUUUAGUGCUUGUGCUCGCAUGUGGAUAUUGUAGUGAUGAUUGAGACAGGAAUAAAAGAAGAUAGGAAUUCAUUUUUUUUUC